AUGAACGUGCGAGCAUCAUCCUUCAGCCUGGCGCCUCCUGCUGGGUUGGAGAGACGCCCCUCGGUCGUCUCUCGUCUGUCCUCGGCCUUUUCUAAUGCUGAGAAUGGCGAUUUUGGAGGCGCGGCCCCUACAGGUGCGGCAUUGAUAGAGGAGGAGAUUGCCGAGAUUAAGAGAUACGAAGAUUUUACCACGAUAGAUUGGGUACAAGAUGCGGCGCGAGAACAGGCAAAGCGCAAGUCGAGGAGGAAACAGGCCGUGGGCCUCUACGACAAAGGCCAGCCGGGCUGGCGAUACCAGCUCUGGAAGAGCUACGAUGCGGCGCAGGCUUGGAUCGUGGUCACCAUCAUCGGCGUGGCGAUUGGGCUGAAUGCGGCGCUGCUCAACAUCAUCACCGAGUGGCUCUCGGACGUCAAGAUGGGAUACUGCGAGACGGGCUUCUACCUGAACGAGAACUUUUGUUGUUGGGGAGAGGAGAAUGGUUGUGAGCAAUGGCACAGGUGGACUGGUUUUGAGCCGCUCAACUAUUUCCUCUACUUUGUCUUUGGGACCUUCUUCGCCUUUGUCGCAGGUACAUUGGUCAAGUCCUUUGCGCCCUACGCAGCUGGUUCUGGAAUUUCCGAGAUCAAGUGCAUCAUCGCCGGAUUCGUCAUGAAAGGCUUCCUCGGCUGGUGGACUCUGAUCAUCAAGUCCAUCUGCCUACCCCUGGCCAUCGCGUCCGGUUUGUCAGUCGGUAAGGAGGGUCCCAGCGUGCACUAUGCUGUGUGCACUGGAAACGUCAUCUCCAGGCUGUUUGACAAGUACAAGCGCAACGCCUCCAAGACGAGGGAGUUCCUGAGUGCUUCCGCCGCUGCGGGUGUUGCUGUCGCUUUUGGCAGUCCCAUCGGAGGCGUGCUCUUCUCGCUUGAGGAGAUGUCGAAUCACUUUCCCCUCAAGACUUUAUGGCGCAGCUAUUUCUGCGCUCUGGUUGCGACAGCCGUCCUCGCCGCCAUGAACCCUUUCAGAACGGGACAGCUGGUCAUGUUCCAAGUCGAGUACAAGAACGACUGGCACUUUUUCGAGCUGGUCUUUUACGUCUUGAUCGGCAUCUUCGGAGGUCUCUACGGAGCCUUUGUGAUCAAGUGGAAUCUGAGGGUGCAGUCGUUCCGCAAGAAGUACUUGAAGGAGUAUGCUGUUCUCGAAGCUACCCUCCUGGCAGCAGGUACUGCCAUUAUCGCGUAUCCCAACGCUUUCUUGAGAAUCGACAUGACUGAGAGCAUGGAGAUUCUCUUUUCUGAGUGCGGGCAGACCGAGACGUAUCAUGGGCUUUGUGACCCUGAUAGACGGUACUGGAACAUGGUAUCUUUGAUCCUCGCUACUAUCCUGCGAGUCUUCCUUGUCAUCCUGUCUUAUGGAUGCAAGGUCCCUGCUGGAAUCUUUGUGCCUUCGAUGGCGAUCGGAGCGUCGUUUGGAAGAACUGUGGGCAUUAUCGUUCAGCUCUUCUAUGAGGCGAACCCUACCAGUGUCUUUUUCUCCGCAUGCAAGCCCGAUGAGCCUUGCAUUACCCCGGGCACAUACGCCCUGCUUGGGGCUGCAGCCGCGCUCAGUGGCAUCAUGCACAUUACCGUAUCGGUCGUGGUCAUCAUGUUUGAGCUGACGGGUGCUCUAAACUACAUCCUGCCCACCAUGAUUGUCGUCGGCGUCACCAAGGCCGUCAGCGAACUUUUUGGAAAGGGAGGAAUUGCUGACCGCAUGAUCUGGUUCAGCGGGUUUCCUUUCCUAGACAACAAAGAGGAACACAAUUUCGGCGUUCCUGUUUCUCAAGUCAUGAGAACUUCUGUUGUUUCUAUGCCGGUUCACGGACUUACUCUGGGAGAGGUUCAGCGGCGACUUGCCGACGAUCGAUAUCAGGGCUUCCCGGUUGUGGAGGACAACAACACCAAAGUCCUCGUCGGGUAUAUCGGCAGUACUGAGCUGCGGUAUGCUAUCGACAGAAUGAGUCGAGGGAGCCCAUUGUCCGAGACUGCCAAGUGCGUUUUUGCGCCGUCAGCUAUAAACCACUCGAUGUCGUCAGUAUCAGUAGGAACCAUGAACGGCGACUCAUCUACAUCGUCGACGCUGGAUUUCAGCCGCUACGUGGAUUCGACACCAGUUACAGCUCACCCAAGACUCCCCCUCGAAACUGUCAUGGAGCUCUUCCGCAAGAUCGGUCCUCGAGUCAUCCUCAUUGAGUAUCACGGCCAACUCACCGGCCUUGUAACCGUCAAGGACUGCCUCCGAUACCAGUUCAAGGUGGAGGCGGCCGAGAAUCCCAAGGACGACCACCGCAUCAACGAGGGACAGGAACAGCUCUGGAACUUGCUGCGGCGAGCGGGCAACUGGGUUUCCGGCAAGGUCUCCAAGUUCUCUGGCGGGAGGAUCCGCCUCAGCUCACUGGACGAAGAUCGUCCGGUUGCAAGAGGUGGACAGAUCCUGGACGGAGACGAAGAGGUUGGGGAUGAGGGCGUUGAGCUGGAGAGCCGCCGGUAG